CUUUGUGCAGUUUUACAAAUUUUCCCCCUCUUUCCUUGUCGUAGUCGGCUUGGGUUUUCUUGGUAAGCCUUAUAUAUAGGGCUGCUCGUUGUUAGUUGGCGGCAGUUUUUGAUAUUGAUCGAAGAAGAGAAGAAGUUUUCCUCGCAAAAUCGACUCUCGUUUGAUUUAUCAGCCUUUACCCACGUACGCUGCAUCAACAACCCCUCGCUCGAACACCUCAAGGAAGGAGAGAAAGCAAACCCUAGGAGGGUUGGUGGAAUCGAAAUCGAAGGCAACCUUGUUCUGAAUGCUGAUGAUGACCGGCGAGUCACUGGAGUACAAGAAGAAUCCGGCGACGGAACCCAAAUGGAAAGAUCUGCCUAACAAAACCACCUGCUGCUUCCGCGAGAUCCCUGAUUACCGCCUGCCGAUCCCUAUGCCACAACCGAUUGUUGCAAACAUCCGGGGGAAAGUAUACGUGCUUCAUGGAGAUCCUAUCACUGGGGAGCCCGGAUGCCCAGGGAAACCGGAAUUAGCUUUCCAGGUUUUAGAAUUCGAUCAUUGUUCGAAAUCGUAUCGUUGGAGGACACUUCCUAUACCUCCCUUCUACGAUGUAUACUCCUCGUUCUUUGGGGAGUGGAGGGGCAAUGUUGGUGUCGUCGGCCCCAGGCUGUUUAUGUUACAGCUUUGUGAGGGGGUUGAAAUUGUACAUAUCUUUGAUUCCGUUAAGGAAACCUGGGAGUCUCAAAAUGAAGACGAAUUUCCCUUGGAUUAUAUGCCAUGCAGAAACUUGUCAAGUUUGCUAAUCAGCCAAAGGACAGAAAGAAGAAGUGGUAUGGUCCAUGCGACUGAUGGUUAUUUCAUCGCCAUUGGUAAUGAAUGUCAGUUAGCUUGUCAAGCUCGUGUCUUUGCUACAGUGGCCAAUUUUCACGGUGUUAUGUCCGACGUACAAUUCCUACCAGAUCAAUUACCGGCUGAAUUUCAUCCACUUGCUGAAUGCAAUGUGAUUGACCUAUUGGAGAAGGAUCACGGUACCAGCAUCACAUUUUGUGUGCUGUAUGUAGCCAACAAGCGUGCCCUGCUGGCUUUGUCAGUUUUCAGAGUGUGGUUGUUAUCUUCAAUGGUGGUCGUGAAACCAGAAGACGGCUCCCCAUACUUGUCCCGAGAAGAUAAAGGGGAAGGAGGAGCAAGUGAUGAUGGACCCAGAGGAGGUGCCUACUUGGGAGUUGAAAUUCUGGAAACACAUUUCUUUUCAAUGGGUGAGAUAUGCCCUAUCGACAUUGCUGAUGCCUUCUUCCUCUAGGCAACUAACCUUUCAUUAUUACUGGUCAAGUACAUUUCUUUGUAGCCCAUGGUUUCCAUUUAUCAAUGCCGUUUGUUGGACUUGCACUAUCAUUACCGUUUUCACUGGAUCAAUCUUGUUGGUACCAGAAGGAAGACACGGUUCUCAUCUGGCAGUUUAAAGGGUUUGUUGUUUGUAAUAGUUGUUCUUCUUACCUGCUGGACGUGUCAUGUUCGCUCUAACGUUGUUGUAAAUUCUGUUCUAUUUGGUUCAGUUCGUUUGAUGGACUGCAAUCCUUUUGAGAUUUUCAGGAGAAGGAGCCAGAUCAAGAUACUAAUGGCUGGCUGGCUGGCGUGAUUUCCUGCAUGAAUGAGCAAGUAUGAGCUUGUGUAUAUAAUGUCUUGAUUUUGACUUCUGAUUCGGGAGAAUCUUGUGAUACAAGUCAACGCGGUUUUGUUAGUGACAGCAUGUUAUUUAUCCUGCUCGUGGUUCUUCUUUAUACUUUAGUGGCAAGUGAUGAUUGUGUAAUAUAUGAUUCCUCGCGUAGCAUGGAAGGUAUAGCAGACCACCCAAGUUUUACCUAUUGAGAUGAAGAUUGUAAAUUUUAUAGAGUUCGUUUGAUCUAUAUGGAUUGCUGUGAUAGACAUUCUGUACGCUAUAGUAAAGCAUGGAAAUGUGGAAGAUUGGUAAUAGGGUAGGUAGAGUUUUGACUUUUGAUCGAGUUUCUUAUUGAG